CUCAAGUUUCUCCUCAUUCUACUUAAUCUUGGGGGUUGUGUCGCCGAUGACGGAUUGCGAGAAUCCGGUCACCUUCAUCCACGUCCUUGGCUCCCCGUACUGAUCUCAACUUUACUCCAAGGCACCAUAGAACACCUACACACGCCCUUUUACCCUUCAACGAAGACAUCAUGGACUCUAACAAGCAGCCCACGGCCUUUAUUGGUCUUGGGGCCAUGGGAUUUGGAAUGGCGACCAAUCUCGUUCGUCUUGGAUAUCCUGUGACGGGGUUCGAUAUUUAUGGGCCGACACUAGACAAGUUCAAAGCAGCAGGAGGUCUCACAGCGACAAGUCCAGCCGAAGCUGUCGCGGGCAAGGAGUUCUGUGUUGUCAUGGUUGCCACAGCGGAACAGGCGCAAGGCGUCUUGUUUGCAGGUGACGCUCCGGCCCUAUCGACCCUUCAGCAAGGAGCAGUGGUGCUGCUAUGUUCGACGGUACCAUGCGCUUAUGUUCAAGGUCUUCAGAAAGAGCUGGUUGCAAGAAAUCGCGAUGAUAUUGCUCUGGUGGAUUGUCCGGUGUCCGGAGGGGCUGCCAGAGCUGCGGCAGGUACUCUAUCGAUUAUGGCCGGCGCAGAAGAGGAAGCUGUCAGAAGGGGGCUUCACCUGUUGCAGGCCAUGUCGGAUCCUGAGAAGCUUUACAUCGUCAAGGGCGGCAUCGGAGCUGGAAGUAACAUGAAAAUGUGCCAUCAGGUACUUGCGGCCAACCAGAUUCUAUCAUCGAGCGAAGCGUUGGGCUUUGCGACGCAUCUGGGCUUGGAUCUCCCUAACACGGGCGAGAAAAUCAUCAAGUCAGAAGGUUGGAGUUGGAUGUUUGAGAACCGGCUACCGCGCAUGCUGGACGCACAAUACGAACCUCUGGCUAGCGCGGUCACGAUCAUUCUCAAAGACACCAGCAUUAUCACCUCAGAAGCGCGCCGGGCCGGAUUUCCCACUCCGAUGACCUCGACGGCGGAGCAGGCUUAUUUCACCGCCCUCGGUAAAGGCUACGGUCCGGAUGACGAUGCGAGUCUCAUCCGACUCUACAUCGAAGGAGUGGGAAAGGUUGGGCCCGUCAAGCCGACCGUCACGACCGAGGAAAGUAAGCUAGGCCUCGUCGUCGGCCUACUGCGUGGCAUCCAUCUUUGCGCGGCCGCCGAGGCGAUUGCAUUUGCGCGUUUUGUUGGUCUGGACUUGGAGCAGGUAUUUGAGCUUUGCAUCAACGCUGCCGGUGGGAGCAGCAUGCUUUCCGGCGAGGGCCGGCGCAUUGUGGAUGCUAUCGCGGCCGGAAGGUCACCGCACGAUUGGACUGCCUCCGGCAACGAGAGCCAACUCCAAACAAUAUCACACGAGCUUCAGGAGGCGGUGGAUGAGGCGCAAAGACUGAAGCUACCGCUGUUUCUCGGAACACAGGCUCUCAACUUGAUCAGGGGUGUUUUGCUAACUGCCGGACCAAAGGCGCCUGGUUUGGCACUUGGAUCCGUCGUCAGUGGUUGGACCGCAAGAGGCAACCCCGCGGCAUAGUGUGGGAUUGCGUAGACGGCCCACAUCUUGGCACCAUUUCACUAUCUUUGGACUUAUUCUGGACGUCAGCGUUCGGUGGUUGAUGCAACGAGACAGAGCCACUGGUUCCACGCGGAAACGUGUUAUCCGCAUUUCCGUCUCAUACACUGGUCACGAGUCAUCUUAGAAUCGGAGAGUAACUUUGUCAACGUAGCGCCUGGCAAUUGUAGUGUUUUAUUUCAACCAAGAUUACUAGACAAAUGCAUCGAUUCAAUUACGAAA